GAACAAUAACCUUUGCAGAACGAAAACCAAAAGAUCUUGAACACAGGCACUGGACAGAACUAAUAAUAUUAAAACAAUUGCAAACAGACCCAGACCUAAAGCAAAAGUUUAAACAAUCACAUUUUAACAUUGUUCAAUAUUUAGAAGGAAAAGAUACUAAAGCUAUAAAAGAAGAAUUGGAACUCAGAAUACAAAAAAUUAAAGAAAAACACUUUAAUGACCUAGGAUAA